AGGCUGAAGCAGCUGCAGGAGGCACCAUACACGCAGGAGGAGGCAGAGCGCGCCGCUGGGAUGGGGUCCUACAUCCCCCCCAAGAAGGUGGAAGUGCAGACCCAGCCGCUCGAGGAAGUCACUGAGAUGGAGGCGUCCAGCUGA